AUGGUGAAGAACGGUCAGGUGGACAUCCCGCGUUGUCCUCAUCACUCGUGUCGGAGUGGACCAGUCAGUGCCACCGGCCUCUGCAGUUGCAGUAGAAGAGCUUCCACCUCCAGAUGUGGGGACAUCUCAAAAAAGAGGCAGAUUUCACUGAAGAUCGUGUUUCUGAAGAUCAGCAACAUCGACACCAUCAAGGAGGAGUAUUCGGCAGACAUCUUCCUCUCAGCCAGAUGGAGAGAACCCGCACUAGACAGCACCAACAAGGUGAAAAUCAACUGGGAGUCGUACUUCGACCCCAAGCUCAACAUUCAGAACAACAUCGGUGAGUUGAAGCAGACGACAUGGCGGGAGUUGCAGACGGAGGCGGGUGGGGAGACGUAUGUGAUGGAGAGACGCCGCAUCAAGGGCAAGUUCUUCGAGAAGCUGGAGCUGCAGGACUUUCCCUUUGACAUCCAAGACCUAUCCAUCCACAUCACCAGCGAAUCCCCGCCAACUGAUGUGGAGCUGGUGGAGUUAAACUCCACCGUCAGCCACGUCAACGUGGACAGCUUUGUUGAUCAGCAGGAGUGGGGGUUGUACGACUUCGUGGUGGGCGAGAAGCGUCUCACACCUAAUGAAUACAGCAGCGUCAAGUACAAGCGUCCUGCAAUGGUCUUCCGGUGCUGCGCAGUGAGGAGGGUCGGCUACUUCACCUGGAACAUCAUGCUGGUCAUUGCCAUGAUAAGUUCCCUGGCAUUUGCCACUUUCUCCGUUGACCGGAAGCUGCCCCAGAACCGCCUCCAGUUGUCCUUCACCUUGGUCCUCACCAUGGUGACCUUCAAGUUCGUGGCCUCGCAGUCAGUACCCAAGCUCUCCUACCUGACGUACCUGGACCGUUACAUCCUUCUGUCGAUGUCGUUCCUGUUCUUGGUCUGCCUUUGGCAUGCCGUCGUCACGUUGUACAAUGCUGACGCUGUCACCGCAGGCGUGAUGGACUACUACGCAUUCUUUACCUUUGUUGGUGUGUACCUGUUCGGGCAGCUGACUUUCAUUCUCUUCGUGGGGACAAAGUUCCUGAUUAAAAAGAAACAGAAGGAACGUAUUGAAGAAGAAUAUCAAAAAAAAGUUGAAAGCAUGCCUGUGGAGAACCGACCACAACAGCGUAAACGAAGACGUAAGCAUCUGAUGAAGAUCACGCCGUUCAUAUAAACAACGCCGCGUCAACCAUCUGUUGGCGUUUGGGCAGACCCAAUAGUUGAACAAAACUACAUAAGUCAUCUGCGUGAGUGAGUGAAUGAGUGAGUGAGUGAGAGAGUGAGAGAGAGAGUCUAAAGUCAUGACCAAGUUCCUACUCGUGAAGUUCCGGGUUAAAAUUUGUCUUCAGCAACCCCUGUUUGUCACAGGCGACCAAAGUGAUCGUGUGGUCAGGCUCGCUGACUUAAUUGAUGCACGGCAUCGUAUCCCAAUUGCGUAGACCCUUCACUUACAGCCACUCUCGCCAGCCACACUGGACAUGCGAUUACCCUUGUUGGUCACUGGUGUGUCUGGCCCAGCGUUCACCUGGCAGCAACAUCCCCCGUUGCCAGUGACCCCUCACGACACGUGUUGGGCAUUGAAGACCUCAGACAGACCGAAGCAACAUGGCCACCUAUCUCGAUCACCCAUGCUGUCGUGAAUAGCUGUACAGAGCCUGAAGAAGUCCAUCUGUGGCAUUCUGUUCUAACUUGAUUAGUGCUGUCAGAUUAGAAAACUGUGAUAGAGGAUACAAAUAUAUAUAAUAUAUGUAAAACAAUAACAGCC